GUCUUACUCUUAAAACAUCAGAUCCAUAUUUCUCAGUACCCCUGUGACAAGGAAAGGAAACUCAAAGCACUGAGGCUGAUGCGCAAAGGCGGUAAGACGGCUGGAGGGAGAUGCUGCACACUGGAGGUGGUAUCAUGCUUCUUGGCAUUUGCUUCACAUUUAAUUGGAAAUGCUAGGUGGGCUCUGUGUUAUUUUUAAUAGUUAUUAUUCUUAUUAUUUAGUAUGUGUUCAUAAUACUAGUGUACAUUAUCCAUUUUUAAACAUUUCAACAAAACAAAAUUAUAGUCAAAAUUUUAUUAUCUUGUGUGGAGUUAAUUCCUUCUUUAGGAUUCCCUGGAUAUUUUAGGCUGCAGCUCUGUAAUUCAAAGAAAAUGUAGGUGCAGCUUCCCAGUGAAUCAGGACCAUAGGGACAGUCAUUUUUGAUAAUUUAGUCAGAGCAAAAUGUUUGGCCUCUCUUACAUGAAAAAUUGGUUCUGGUUUGCCAUGGCUAUGUGCAUGAGUCCUCAGAGGAAGAGUUCACCUCACACGAUCAACCUCCUGGUAAAGCAUUUUAUUCCAGGAAUGAAAUGUUUCAUCUUUUAAAGUUCAUGAAUACAGCAGUGAAGUAAAGAGACCAUGUUUCCAAACAGAAUUAAACCACAUGUAAAAAACAAGGGGAAUGUGCCAGACUGUCUUAUGAUCAAGUAUUUAUAGUAAAGCUAUUAAUGGAAUAGUCACUACUGGGGAGUGGAGAUCCUAAAUAUAAAUGAAAAUUCCGAUGUGCUAAUCCUUAACAGUGAAAACUUCAGUGCUGUCCUAGAGGAUAUCACAAAAGGUAAAACGUCUUUGUAAAUCUGUCUGCAUUCCACAUGGAUAAUUACACCAGUGAUGAAGACAUCGAUGAUGACUUUGACACGCAGCUCAUCAUUCAGCAGAGUUUACAGGAUAGUCACAAGCCAGGAACUGCACAGCAGUCACCUGAGGAUGAGAGCUUUUUGAGUGCUUACUAUAAGAAGAUAGUUGAAACAAUAGAGACAGGUAAGGAAGAUGUAUUGUCACAGUUGACCAAGUACCAUUCAGCUUUUGAUGAAGCAGAUGAGAUAGGCUGGCUUCCUCUCCAUAAGGCUGCAGUACAAUUAAAUAAGAACAUUUUGGAAAUCACCCUGAAAGCCUCAAAACUCAGUGUGUGGGAGCAAACCACCCACAAUGGUGAGACGCCACUGUUUUUGGCUGUCAGUAAUUGCCUCUUAGAAAACGUGAGUUUUCUCCUUCUCAAUGGCUGCAAUCCAAAUACCAAGAAUGUUGAAGGCAAUUCACCUCUUCUUACAGCUGUUCUACAGGACUCCUAUGAUAUGGCCUCCUUGCUGAUCAGCCAUGGAGCCAAUGUCAAUCUGUUGUGUUCCAACAAGAGGACAGCGCUCCACGAAGCAGCCAAGCUGGGCAGACGGGACAUAGUGGCACUCCUGCUGGCUUCCGGGGCAUACCCUGACCCACAGAGCUCCUACGGAUUCACUCCUCUUGCUCUUGCUGCCCAAAGCGGACACACUGAAAUCAUGGAACUCUUACUGCAGAAAGGAGCUAAUGCUCUUGGUCAGGCCUCUGACUCUUCUUCCAUCUUACUUGAAGCUGCUAGUGGAGGAAAUCCAGACUCUGUGACUCUCUUGCUAGAGUAUGGAGCUGAUGCCAACGUCCCUAAGAAUUCAGGUCACCUGCCCAUUCAUGUAGCAGCUGACAGAGGUCACUUGUUAGCUCUGAAGAUUUUGGUUCCCGUUACUGAUUUUGCUGCCAUUAAGCGGAGUGGCAUCAGUCCAAUUCACUGUGCAGCAGCAGGAGCACACCCCAAAUGUCUGGAACUUCUCAUCCAGGCGGGAUUUGAUGUGAAUUUCAUGCUCGAUCAGAGAAUCCGCAAACACUACGAUGACCACAGGAAGUCGGCUCUGUAUUUCGCUGUAUCAAAUGGUGACGUCUCUUCAGUUAAGCUGCUUCUGAGUGCUGGAGCUUUGCCUAAUCAAGACCCAGUUAACUGCCUCCAGAUAGCCCUCAGGAUGGGCAAUUACGAGCUGGUAAGUCUGCUGCUACGGCACGGGGCGAACGUUAAUUACUUCUGCAGAGUCAACCCUUUACAUUUCCCAUCGGCACUGCAAUACACACUGAAAGACGAAGUCAUGCUCAGGAUGCUGCUGAAUUACGGGUAUGACACAGAGCGAUGCUUUGAUUGUCCUCAUGGAGACAAAGCUCAUCCUUUCUAUGCUUUUGAAGGCUGGACGUCUACAGUUAUCAAAGAUACAAUGUUCUGUGAAGUAAUAACUUUGUCGUGGCUGCAGCAUCUCUCUGGGAAGGUUGUUCGAGUGAUGCUUGAUUAUGUUGACCAAGUUAGGAUCUGUUCAAAGUUGAAAGCUGUGCUCCAAAAACAGGGCCUCUGGUCAGAAAUCCAUUUUAUCUUGACAAACCCUCGCUCUCUUAAACAUUUGUGCCGCCUCAAGAUCCGGAAGUGUAUGGGACGUUUACGUCUGCGCUGCCCCGUCUUCAUGUCAUUUCUUCCAUUACCCAAUCGUCUAAAGGCAUAUGUACUUUACAAAGAAUACGACCUUUAUGAACAAGGAAUUUUCACAGGAACCUGGUAAUCAAACUAUUCUGGAUGAAAAGGUUUCUGGAUGUGGAAGUGAGGAAAGAAACUGAGAAGACAUUCAUUCAGCCGCACCUGUGUAACAUCAUAUGGCACAUCAACACAGAGGACAGAGGGGCACGAUUAAGGCCACAGGCCCAGUCAGUUAUAGCUUGAUGUUUAUGUGUUCAGUCUUAGCAUACAUUUUUUUUUUUUUUUUUGGCAUAAUACAGUCCUUCUUACGGAAACUGAAGCAGUAUGAUUUCCUUCUGAUGUAGGGAUUCAUGGCUAUAUAGACUAUUUCAGUAAGUACAGACUUAAAAUUACUUUUAUAAUAUAGUUUUCACAUAGAAAAUUUGCAAAACUAGCUGGCAUGAAUAGUUUUUUUAUUUUUUUAAUCAAAGUGUGGUGUCUGUUUAUAAAUGAGUGCUAGAUUAUAUGUAUGUUCAUAUACAAAUAUAUUUAGGAUAUACAUGCAUCUAGAUAAAUUAUAUAAUUCUAAAGUUAAUUUCAUCUACUCCCUGGACCUCCUACGAAUGUAUACAUUUCAUAAAAUUCAAAACAAAUUAAAACAGAAACUGCCAGUAGAACAGAACUUGGUGAAUGUUAUAGGGAACCACAGAGAGCACAGCGGAUGUAUUUUCAUUAGUAUUACAACUACAGGCCCAGCCCACAUAAGCUGGCAUACACAAUAACCUGGUCCUUUAAACUACAGGAAUUCCUUUGAAUAGGACCAAGCACAGCAAGUAUACACUGUAACAUGUCUAGGGUAAUUACUGAAAAGUCCAGGAAAAAAGUCACUAGAUUUGAUACUAUUUCCCCAUGAGUGACAUUUUUCCCCCAUUUUAGUUGUUAUGGGAUUGCAAUAGAGUUAGAUGUGUAGUAGUAUCAUAAAAGAUUAAGAAAAAGUCCAUUUGUUUUAUAAGCAUCAUUUGAAAUUACUCGGAGCAAUAAAAUUCAGAGUAUAUACCAGAUAUUUCAUACAAAAAAGACUAUAAAAAAUCAUGGACUUUAUUAUACAUUAAAAAUCUCCUAACAGCAUAUUUCCUGAAGCCUUAUCAGGAAUACUUAUUUUGACAUAAUGAAAAAAUAAGUUCUCCACUCCACAUGUAUACCACCAUUACAUAAAGUCAGGUUCUUCAAACUUAAUUCUAAAGAGAAAUGUAGCGUAAUUUUUAAUUGCAUAUACACGAUUAAUAGUAUCAGUGAAAUAAGAAUUAACCAAUUCACUUACAUUACAAAAUCACCAAAUAUACAAAGCGGUUUUGCACAUUAGUUAUAACUUACUCCCCGGUUCUCAUAUUAACCUAAGUAAAUUACAUAUGAGUACAGCCACAAGAGAUUAGUUAAAAAGUAUAAUAUAGUUCCAGUUUCAAUUUUUUAUGUAGUAUUAAUUACUAUGGAAGAAAAAAAAAUCUCAUGAAAGAAGAGUAAGCCAAACUUGCUAAAAAUAAAGUCAAAGACUUGCUUGCUACAAUCAGUGUGUUUGAAUAUUUAAAGUACAGUUUGAAUGCUUCGGAGACUGUUAUCAAAGUCAAUGUUAAUAUUUUAAUUUUAUUAAUUUGGGUGACAGAUUUUGCAAAACAUAGGCUCUUAGUCUGUCAGCAUGUGUAAGAGGAUUCAACUCAAAUACUUGCAGUUCCUAUACAUAACUCAAAAGGAACUCAGAUGCCUUUACCACACAUGAUUACAUGUGACAUAGAAUGGUAUAAACACCCCAAUAUCCUUUUCUCAAGCAUAAAAGUAACAUAAAUUUACAACCUCUAUACUGUGGAAUCUGAGAAUUCUUUUGAAAUUAAACCCAAGGAAAUUGAAAUUAAACACAUGACUAUAAUCAUUAUAGUCGUGGCAAAAACUAGACUGGGGACUACGUUCAAGAUAACAGUUUCAGUUCCUUGUUGGCAAGUUUUCUCAAUUUUACAAGGGGGAAGGAAUAAUUAGUUUGCUAUCUAUUGACUUCAUUACCAUAGUUAUAAAAGUACGGUUGACACAGGAAGCACGAGUGCCUAGCAGAAUUAGGUAGACUUAAUUUCUUUCCUUUUAAAGAAUCCGUUUUGUUAAUGUCUAAAAACCAUUAAAUGCAAGUUUGAAUCUGAGAAAGAUAUCCCAAAAUCUAAUGCUGUUACCACCAAGAGCAUCCAAAAGCUUGAAGGGAUUUCAAAGGGGAACAAAGAUCAACUUGAAUGAAUGAAAUGAAGUCGCUCAGUCAUGUCCGACUCUUUAUGAUCCCAUGGACUGUAGCCCACCAGGCUCCUCGGUCCAUGGGAUUUUCCAGGCAUGAAUUCUGGAGUGGGUUGCCAUUUCCUUCUCCAGAGGACCUUCCCGACCCAGGGAUCGAACCCGGGUCUCCCGCAUUGUAGGCAGACGCUUUACUGUCCAAGCUACCAGGGAAGCCAAAAAUCCAUGGGGAGCCUUCUUUAAACAGAACAUAGAAUUUAUUAAAGUUGAUGCUUAAGUAUCUGCCAUAAUGGAAUAGUUCACAUGGUUCUACAGCAAUGAAACAGAAGUUGAAUCAUCUAACAUUGUUAAGCCCACACAUGACUUCUGAUUGGCAUUGGAAUGCGCUCUGGUCUGACCUACGGGCAUGAGUGUGUUAUUGUAGAAAUUCCUAACAAGAUUAUGACUUAAGAAAAGCCACAAGUUUGUCCAGCAUGCCUAAGUCUCAGUACCUUUACCUUUCAUCUACAUUUUGCCCGAGAGCGCUCACCAAGGGCAACGCUUUGCUACCAUGCAAAGCACCAGCCUGGUUAACCCUGUCUCCUGAUGCUGACCACCUUCCUUGCAUGGUGGCUGACAAGUUACACCUGAACUAAGUGAGGUGGCAACCUUAUAGUAUAAACAAAAGACUUACUGAGACAAAAAGCUUACUAAUCCUCAAAAACGUCUUAAAAGCAGGAUGUGCCAUGGCUAACCAAAUGCUGAUCACAGAAGAAAUUUCAAUUUAUACAAAAAGGAAUGAUGCACAAACUACUGUGAAAGCAUUCCCUUUAGCAAGGACAAAAUAAACUCUUUUCAAAAAGUAUUCCGUAAAUUUCUACUUUUUUACUGUAUGUUUUGGUAACAUAAGGCUUCAAAAUAAUGAUUAUUAAGUAAUCAUUAUUCCCAUUUGGUACAUGGCUAAAAAAAACACCACAAUCCUAUAUAUAAUUAUCUAUUCCAUUCCUACAGAAAACAGUGUAUAUACAUUGUGAAACAGCUGAGAACUAUAUGCCAUUUCUGAAUCAGAACUAAGAAGAAAAAAACUAUAUGUCAAAUAACAAAAGGCUUUUUUCCUUGUAAAAUUAGUGGCUAAUCUCUUGAAAAUUUUAAAUAUAUGACUAUGUAAAAUAUUUUAUUCAAUAUAUUUAACGUGGCUAUAUGUACUUUUACAUGUGAAACACAGGAACAUAAUUUCUAUCAGCAAUGUUAAAAAUCCGAGUUAAAAAAAAAAAAUCAAGUUCUGUCAUAGAAUUAGGCAGUAGAGAAGUGUCAUUUUAACCUUGGCACCAGGUUAAAAUCCUUCCUGGGUUGACUCUCCUCGACCAAGCACUCAAUUGCUUUUCAGGCUUUCAUGGAAUUAGACCUUUUACUAUACUCAUCUAAAGAGGAUAAGUAUUUACAAUAAUUAGUGCAAAUUAUUCUCUGCUCACAUAUUAUUUGCCUACACGGAUAUAAAGUGGUGAUCAGUAUUUUAUAAAAACAUGGAAUUAUGAAAAUACUGUGGGUAUCAGUCUGAAAUUUAAAAGAUUACAUUUUUAAACUAAAUUCUAGGAAUCUUUACUUUAAGCAGGAAACAUAAUUGCUAUAGAACUUCUUUCUAAAUGUCCCUUGAUUUUCAAUAAAAAUUAUUUCACACAAUGCAUAAAAUACAAUGUAUUUAUCCUGUAACAAUCUUUACAUGUUAAAUCCUAAUCUAAAACUUAUUUGAACAAAAAAAAAUUCCCUUUAGUAAAUUCCAAAAUCUUAUUUUAACCAUUACUGCUCUGCAGCAAUAAUUCAAGUCCCAACCUGAGAACUAAGAAUGUGAUAAUAAAUGCCAAGGGCUGUAGCAAUCUUGAAAUGAAAACACUUAAGCUUCUUUCCCACUGGCAUCAGGUAUAGUCCAUCAGAGAAAUGCGAGCAAUCCAAGAAAACGCCCUGAAAUCUACAGUACCACCUGCCACAAUUUGAAACUUUAAGUCUAAAACCUCUACUUUGUAAAAGUCCUAUUGCACAUUGUUAAAAUAUUGGCAAACUUGAAAAAUCUUCUAUAUAAGGAUUUUAAACCUAUUCAGUCAAAAGCUUCCUCACUGCCAGCAAAAUGUUCCUAAUGAAAGAGAGGGAGCAUAUCCAUGAAUAUCUGAAGCUGAAGAAUAAAUGAUUUCUUAUGGUCAUAGCCAAUUACGAUGCAAGGUAAUAAGUUCACAAUUGGAAGGAAGAAAAGGCUUGAGCAACUGUAAUUCCUCAGCAAUCUACUUCAGGGAUAUGAACAGGUUUCUUUCAGACAUGUGGAAUUUAAAGUUACUGCAUAGUAUAUUACUUCUCAGGG